GUGGACCUUGCUCAUUCCUUCUCAGAAAUCUUCAGCCAAGCUUGUCGCUAUGAGCGAAAAGCAAAAGGAAGAGUUCAUUAAGCCGAAGAUAACUUCGGCUCACGACUACAGAGCAUAUUUCCGUCAAGCCUUAGAUGCCAGCAAACGCCAACCAUUUACCGAUUUCCAAAUUGCAGCUUUCGUUACUGUUAUAGCUGGCAUAGUCCGUUUGUAUAAGAUCUGGGAACCAACGUCCGUUGUGUUUGAUGAAGUUCACUUUGGUAAAUUUGCCGGCAAAUACAUCAAUCACACAUACUUCUUUGACGUCCAUCCUCCGCUUGCAAAAUUAUUGAUUGCUGGGGUCGGUAGUGUGGCAGGAUAUGAUGGUUUAUUUGAUUUCAACAAUAUUGGAGAUGAUUAUCUAGCACCAGCAGUUCCUUACGUGUCGAUGAGAUUAUUCUGCGGCAUUCUUGGUCUCCUCACAAUACCCAUGAGCUAUAUCACCGUCAAAGCUAGUGGUCACUCAACAGCAGCUGCGCUUGUUGCCGCAACGCUUGUUUGCUUCGAAAAUGGUUUUGUGGCAAACAAUCGAUUGAUCCUGCUUGAUUCGCCCCUUCUCUUCUUCAUCUCUUUCACGAUCAUGGCUUGGAUGAAAUUCUCUGAUCCAAGACUCCAGCCAUUUUCAUUCCAGUGGAAAAUAUGGUUAUUCCUUACGGGUCUCGGACUAGGAUGCUCUAUAAGUUCAAAGUGGGUUGGCCUCUUCACCAUAGCGACCGUCGGCUGUUCGACGAUCAAAGGCUUGUGGGAUAUUUGGGGUGACUUAUCUGUGUCGCCUUCAGGUUUCGGACGCCACUUUAUCAACCGAGUCCUUUACCUCAUCAUAGUCCCUAUUCUGAUCUAUAUAUUUGCAUUUGGUGUUCAUUUCACUGCCCUUCCAUUGUCUGGAGAUGGUGAUACACAUAUGUCACCGGCAUUCCAGCAAACCUUGAAAGGAAACGAAGCCCCCGCAACCCGGGCAGAUGUUGCUUAUAACUCGAUCAUAUCCAUUAGACAUCUGAAAACCAAUGGUGGAUAUCUGCAUUCUCAUUCCUCACGAUACGAAACUGGCAGUGAACAGCAACAAAUCACUCUUUAUAGCUUUAGAGAUGACAACAAUUUGUGGAAAAUUCGAAAAGGAGGUGAAGAUCAAGUAGAGAAUGCUGAUGAAUUGGAGUGGGUCAAAAAUGGCGACAUCAUUCGUCUAGAGCAUGUAUCAACCAGCCCAAUCAUGCUGCAUAGUCACGACCAUAGACCACCAGUUACUGAAGAAGAGUAUCAUAAUGAAGUCAGUGGAUAUGGAUUCAAAGACUAUGAAGGAGACGCCAAUGACUAUUGGAGAGUGGAAAUUGUAGAUCACAGCUCUUCGUCGCCGGCUGCUGGUGAAAGAUUACAAGCUCUAAGAUCUGUAUUCCGUCUCAUACAUAUCAAUGAAGGCUGCACUUUGUUUUCACACAGCGUCAAACUGCCGAAAUGGGCUUUUGACCAGCAGGAAGUAACAUGCAUCAAAGGCGGUACUAUGCCCAAAACUCAGUGGUAUAUCGAGCAAAAUGACCACCCUCUGCUUAAUGAGACCGCCGAACUAGUAUCAUACGAAAACCCGGGAUUCUUCAAAAAAUUCUUGGAAUUGAACAAGGUUAUGUGGACGUCCAAUGCUGGAUUGGUGGAUAGCCAUCCGUAUGAUUCUCGCCCACCAAGUUGGCCGAUCCUACAACGAGGUAUAUCAAUGUGGUCGCAGGAUGAGAAACAAAUAUAUCUGCUCGGCAAUCCACUCAUCUACUGGGGAUCAACAUGGGCUAUAUUUUCAUAUCUCAUUGUACGAGGCGUUCUCAUUUUGAGGCAACAACGCGGAUACUCUGACAAAAUCGGGAUUGCUGGUCGCUACUUUCAGGAUUCUAUUGGAUUCUAUGUCGCCGGAUGGACAUUCCAUUUUCUGCCAUUCCUUUUGAUGGGUCGCCAAUUAUUUUUACACCACUACAUGCCAGCUUUGUACUUUGGUAUCCUAGGAUUUGCCGCUGUGUUUGAUCUGUUGACCAAGAACUUACGAUCCACCAAGAAAAUCUUAGCUACUACUGUUCUUAUUGCUGUUAUUGUGGGAGUCUUCAUGGUAUAUGCUCCAAUCACUUAUGGAACAACUUGGACAAGAGAUGACUGCUUACGCUCUAAAGUUAUGGACAAAUGGGACUAUAGCUGUGACACGUAUCUUGAUAGAAAUCCAUUGAAACCUAUUAUCACCGAAGCACCUUCUAUUCAUUUACAAGAAGAGAGUGCACAUUUGGAAGUUGUCUCGGCUAAUGACAAAGAUAUGAAUGUCGAAACCAAAUCAGAGAGCCCAAUGCAGCCAACACCAAGCGCGCCUAUGGACGAGCACAGUGGCGAAUUUGGCGAUGAAGAAGACGGCGAUGACGAGUGGUACCGGCUGAACAGACCUGGUGAUCCGGAGGAGGAGGAGGAGGAGGAGGAUGAAGACGACGAAGAAGAUGAUGAAGAUGAUGAAGAGGAAUAGAGUGUUAAAUAGAGUCCCUCUCGCAAAUUGGAUGUAAAACGACUGAUACACGAUUCAUCUUUUCAGACUAAACUACCUUGUUUAUUUUUUGGAUUUGGAUGAUCCGUAUCAGCGGAAGAUGCUACCACUCUCCAUUAAAUUGUUCAUACUCGCAUUAUUUCU